AUCCACGGUUCAUCGUAUUUAUUGAAUUGAUCUCAGUACAAGAUACCGCAUUAUGACGAAGACAGUGCGAACGUUGCUCUUCAUCCUCUUCUUUCAAGUAAAUGUAAUAGCAGCCGCCGGCGAAACGGGAAGCGACCGCAUUGGAACCGGCCAAUGUCCCGACAAUGUUGAAUCUAUCAUGGCCUAUUCACCAUUCAAACCAUAUUGGAAGUUUGAUAAGUUCAAGCAUGACGUACAAAGUUGCUGGACCGCUGCAGAUUGUCUCUUCGAGUCCUGUGGUGAAAGCCGGAAGCAACAGUUUGCAGCCACAGCAUUGGUCAUGGGUCUCAUACCAUUGACUUUGAAGGACGUCGCAUGGCCAGAGCGCCGUAUUGUACACAUUACCAAGCCCCUGCCAUGGCUGUGCGAUAUCUUAGUCCUGGCUUUGGGUCUUGUACCGCUACCGGCCGAAAAAGGAGCCCUUCUAUCGACUCAUCAGAGAAACGAAGAAAGUAACGGCUUGGCAGGAUACGCGUGGAACAUGAGAAGGUCAGCCAUACGCUUUAUGGUAGUCAUACUUGCUGUGUGCCUCUUGGCCUGCUACGCGGCAUUGGUGUUCAACGAAAUAUACAGUAAAAGAUCUGCGCUCGGUUGCGUUGUUCCUUUUUUCAUCACCGCCUGGUAUGUCGUCGCUCUACUUCCAGCAUCAAUCCACAGAACCUUUGCGGGACGGAGACAAGCACGGAUCAAGAGACUGGAUCAAGAAAGAGAAGCUCGGAUUGGUGUUCGGCCUGACGAUAUUCAUUUGAUUCCACUCCCAGUACACGAAAGUCGACCAGCAGUAGCAAAAAAUACAAUGAUUACCGUAGAAUGUGACAAAGGCAAGGUGGUUUCAGCUAUUCAGGGAGCCGAUGAGGACUGGCCAGUUCAAAUGGCCUGGGGUAUAUAUUAUAUCGCGGGCACACUGAUAUUCACGAGUAUUAUGGCGGUGACUAUCAUAGAGUUGGUGGUUUGGGUCUUCUUGUGUCUCGCAGUCACUGGCACUAGCAAGGUUCUUGCGUUCUUUAUCUGCCUCCUUUUCGAGGAAACCGGUCAAAGAAAGUGAGAGUUGGCUGUGCAUUACAAAAUUUGUUUUAUGAGAAUCCCUUAAUAGCUUAAUUGUUGAUUAGAAUGAGAAAAAUCAACUGAUGUUCAACGCGAAAGUUAUAAUCCGAAAGGGGAGAAAGACUGGGGAGCGGGCGGGAAGAAAGCCAGCUAUAAGCCGGAUUGCGGUGGCGGCUUCACCCGCCGUGACCAAGAGCGGCGAUUAUACUGCGAUCUCUUUUCACUUUUCGGUGGCAGCAGUCAUAUAGC